CGCCGGCGCCCGUGUCCAUAGGACGUGCCGACUAUCGCUCCCGUCGUCGAACACGUGUCGCCGCUAUCAGCAGUCGUUGUAGACGAACUAUCGCAACAACAACAAAAACAAACGCAGCAACAAAAUAAUAAUUAUUAUUGUUUUCCGUACCGUCCUGUGUCUGUGUGUGUGUGUAUGUGUCGCCUCAACACGGAUUCUUUACUAUUAUACAACACCGACGGUGAUAGUAAAAAAAGAAUAAAAAAUAAAUAUAAAUUUAUAAAUUAAUUUUCGCUGUCGGUACGUGCGUUUGAUAAGUGUGUCUGUGCGCGCGCGCGCGCGUUUUAUUACUGUGCGGUCGACGUUGUUUUGUUUAUACUUGAUUAUUAUUAUUAUUUUUUUUCUUCAAAUUUUAUUUUUAGACGGGAAAAUCAUUUUACCCGUCACCGGGACGACUCGGUGAUAAUACAAAUAUUGUGUCCACCCGUGCGAUUAAUCGUUCCGCGUACGGCCAGUGGUCGAUCGCCGUCCGUGUCGCGUCGAAGGGAGCAACGAGGCCCGUGGACCAUUAGAUUGUGGUGUACGCGGGGUAUGUCAAGGCAGUGGUGCGAAUACAUUGGUGAUGAUUGAUAACCAGAAAUGCCGUCACCGAUACCAAUACAAUCGUCGUCGCCAACAGGAGGAGGAGGUCUAGUGGACUGUCCCGCCGGAUGGACAUCGGCGGACGCCACACAGGAGACCAGUACGAUAGUACCGAAUAGCAGCAGCAGCAGCAGCAGCAGCAGUACCGCGGCAACCACCGCCGGCGCAGCAAUCGUCGGUAUUACCAACAUGAGUCCGGAAGAAGAGCAAUCGGGAUCGCCGGUGACCGGCGUGAUCGCCGGCCGCGACGAAGAGGAACGCCGUUUGACGUCACCGCCGUCGGGUAGCAAGUUCGACUCGGUGGCCGGCAAACCGGACCUGACCGAGUCGGAGUCGUGGGCCAACAGCAGUGACGUGGAGAAGUUUGACGGCAAGAUCGUGUACAACCCGGACGGUUCGGCGUACAUCAUCGAGGACAACAGCGAGCUGAGCGAGGAGGACGGCGUAGACCUACCGUCGCAACUGUUGGGAACCGGCAGUAUCGUGGACGGCCGCGGCGUCAACCUGUCGCAGGCCGAGGUGUUCCCGCAGAUCGCCAAUGCGUUCUACGUGUCCAGGGCCAACUACGGCGACCUGUACGAACAGCAGACGAACGCGCCGGCCGCCGCGGCCCUCAACAGGGUGUUCCAAGACAAGAAAAUAGUUCCUGACGUGCCGGUCAUGCACAGCUACAGGGUGUACACGGUCCGAGACAAGACGGGCAACGGGGCGGCCGACAGGGUGCCGCAGCAGUCCAACGACUGUUCCACCGUGCCGGUCAAGCCGAUACUCAUGUGUUUCAUAUGCAAACUGUCGUUCGGUUACGCCAAGUCAUUCGUGGCGCACGCCACCGGUGAACACGGCGUAACGCUGCAAGAAGACGAGUACAACAUACUCGGUCACAAGAACGCGUCGGCUAUCAUACAGUGCGUCGGCAAGGAAAAAGAGCCGCUCGUCUCUUUCCUGGAACCGCUCGCCCCCUCGUCAAACAAAGCUCACGCGCGGGCCACGUCCCCGUCGAGUGCUCACAAAGUUCCUAAUGCGUUUAUUAACGACGGUAAUCGUUCCUCCGACGGUGGCGAGCACAAGAGCAGCUGCCCGGAAAGCCUGGUGGUGCACAGGCGCAACGUCACUCCGCCCACCUCAUCUCCAAGCAUCAACACAGUUCCUGAGACGUCCGUCUCCCUACCUCAAUCCGGUAGUCCUAGAAGUAAUGUUAACUCGUUUAGUAUAAGUAAUAAAAACAAUAACUGUAGUAGUAGUAGUAAAGCCACCGGCCGGUCGUCGUCCGUGUACGACUGCAUCAUGGACUUGACCAGGAAGAGUCCCAUUUCCGCGUUGGCCGUGUCGUCCGGCACAUCGGCCCGGAGCAACAGCGCGUCGCCCGGCGCCAGCCCGUCUCCCGGCACCACGCUCAGCCCACAACUCAUAUCCGGCGCACCGCUGUCGUAUCCGCAGCCACCGCCCAACUUUAUGACUGGCACCACGAUCGGCGUGUGCCCGGACCACAUGAACGGCAGGCCCAGCGGCGUAGACUGCGCCCGGUGCGAGCUCAUACUUAGUUCCUCGAGACUGGGCGGCGUGGGCGGCUCUUUGGUCGGCAUGCAUUCGCGCAACUCGUGUAAAACACUCAAGUGCCCCAAGUGCAAUUGGCAUUACAAAUAUCAGGAGACGCUGGAAAUACACAUGAAAGAAAAACACCCCGAAUCCGAAACGUCGUGCGUUUACUGUAUCGCCGGUCAGCCGCACCCGCGGUUAGCCCGGGGCGAGACAUACACCUGCGGGUACAAGCCGUACCGAUGCGAAGUGUGCAAUUACUCGACCACGACCAAAGGAAACCUGAGUAUACACAUGCAAUCCGACAAGCAUUUGAACAACAUGCAAGAACUACAGAACGGCGGAGUGGCCGGUGGUGCCAGCGAAAUGCAAAGGCACCAGGCGUCGUCGCCGUCGCAACAUCCGUCGAAACAAACGUCGGCCAUGAGUCCCGGCUCGACCAGCGGCCAACACCCGGCCAUGAGCAGUCCGAUGAUUAGUCAAAAACCAAAACCCACGUUCAGGUGCGAGGUGUGCAACUACGAGACGAACGUGGCCCGCAACCUCCGCAUUCAUAUGACCAGCGAAAAGCACACGCACAACAUAAUGGUGUUACAGCAGAGCGUCAAGCACAUGCAGACGCUCAACGCCCUACAGACUCAUCACCAACAGCAGAUGAAUUUCGAGUCCCUUAUGCACUUCCAUCCGGGUCUGACGUUGCCCGGCGACAAGCCGCCGCCACAUACCGAAGCCGCGCUGGCCGACAUGGCCUACAACCAGGCACUUUUGAUACAAAUGAUGACGGGCGGACAGAUGCCGCCGCACUUUGCCGGCGACGUGUCGCCGCACGUGGAUACCGACAUCGGGCUCAACCCGGAAACGAUGGAACCGCCGCCGGAACCGGUGGACAAAAAUCCCAACCACAUGUUCCAGUGUAGCACGUGCAGCACUUUCGUGACGGACUCCCUGGAAACGCUGUCGCACCACUUGUCCGCCGACCGGACCAAGGUGCGCGAACAGGAGAUACUCACCGUGGUGGCCGGCAAUUAUAUAUGCAACCUUUGCACGUACAAAACCAACCUGAAAGCCAAUUUCCAACUGCAUUGCAAGACCGACAAACACUUGCAGCGGCUGCAGCACGUCAACCACGUCAAAGAGGGCGGACCGCAAAACGAAUGGAAACUCAAGUACAUGUCGUCGCCCGGCGGCGUGCAAGUGCGGUGCAACGCCUGCGACUACUACACCAACAGUACGCACAAACUGCAGCUCCACUGUUCCGGACAGCGGCACGAGGCCGCUUCUCUGCUCUUCAGAUACCUGAGAGAUAACGACGCAGCCGCCGGGGAGGCGUCCGUUUACCACUGUCUGCUAUGCGAGUUCUCCAGCCGAGAUAAAUUGCCGUUGCUCCAACACGUCCGAUCAGUCAAACACAUGCAGAUGGAACAGCUACACCAGCUGCAAAGGCGUUCGGACGGCAAAGACAUUCAGACCGACAUCAACAUGGUGUUCCAAGUGACCGCCGCUCCACAACAAUCUAUCGAUAGCGACCAAGAACAAGAACGCGAAACCAAAGGAGACAACGACGGCCAGAACGCGAUGAUGUCCGUCGACGAGACCAGAGCCGAAAGUUCGGACGGUCCGAUGGACCAGUCGGACUUGGCACGCGAAUCGCCGCCCAGCAGAAUUGGCGAACACCAAGAACAGCAGACGUCGCCGGACCAAAAGAAGAGCGAACUGUACUGCCCGUUGUGCCAGGACGUGUUCGAGGACAUAAUCAAUUUCGAAAAGCACCUGAUGAAGAUCCACAGCGUCAACUCGGAAGGGCUGCAGCGGCUGUUGAGUCUGGUCAACCAGUCGCAUUGGCUCAACUCGUCCAAGUCGUCGCAACAGAGCCCGCCGCGCGCCUCGGUCAGUCCCACUUCGCCCGACAUGGACAAGUCGGCCGACAAGUCCGACGACGCGCAAGAACAGGACGGCGACGAAUACAAGUGCCCGACGUGCCAGAAACUGUACAAGAACAUCGACGACCUGUGCCAGCACCAGAACGACACCGGUCACGUGGAAAUCAAACAGACGCCCAACGGGCCCGGAUACCUGUGCUGGAAGAAAGGCUGUAACAUGUACUUCACCACGGUGCAAAACCUGCACAUUCACUUCCGCGAAAUGCACGCCGGACAGCAGAACAUCCUCGUGUCCGAGAAGCACGUGUACAAGUACAGGUGCAACCAGUGCAGUCUGGCGUUCAAGACCCUGGACAAACUACAAGCCCAUUCCCAGUACCACGCCAUUCGGGACCUGACCAAGUGCAUCCUCUGCCGGCGCAGUUUCCGGACGGUGGCCACUUUCCAAAAACAUUUGCAGACCGCCCAUCCGGAUUUGGCGCAGGCCGAUCUGGAAGCGUUGAAACAAAAUUCAAUGUUGCAGUUCGACCAGUCCAUGGACGACAAAAUGGAAAUAGACGAAUCGGUCGACGACGAGGAGGAGAAGGAAGAGGAGCCCGAGUGCGACAACAGCGACGAUUCGAUUGCGUUCAAACAACAGCAGCUUAUCGAAGACUACAUGAACGGACAGACGCUCGCCGAGGACGGCUACAACGACUCGGAGAGAAAGUACAAAUGUCACCGUUGCAAAGUGGCGUUCACAAACCAAAAAUACCUGACCCACCACAACAAGACGCUUUUGCACCGCAAAGGCGAGAAACAAACGUACCCGAUGGAGAAAUACCUGGACCCAAACCGUCCGUUUAAGUGCGAAGUGUGCAAGGAGUCGUUCACGCAAAAGAACAUCCUUUUGGUGCAUUACAAUUCGGUGCUGCACCUGCACAAACUGAAACGUUCCAUGCAAGAGCAACAACAGCAGCUCAACAACAACAACACACCGAUCAUGUCAAACAAUUCGUCGUUCCCCGUCAACUUGGCGUCAAAAAACGCCGCAGUGGCCGGGGGAGGCGGUUCCACGUCCGAGGACGACGACAAAAAACCGUACAAGUGCAACAUAUGCAAAGUGGCGUACACCCAAGGGUCCACGCUGGACAUCCACAUGCGGUCCGUGCUGCAUCAGACGAGAGCGUCGAAAUUGCACGAUCUCGCGUUGGCCGGCCAAGUGGACUUGACAAAACCGAUAAUCGAACAGCCCGAACAGAGCAGCAGACCGCCUUCGCAAAACAAGCAGGACGCCGAGAGUCAGGCGUCCGGCGGUAAAGACGAACAGCUACUGCCGCAACAACACCAACAACCGCAACCGCACCAUACCAAGAGCAACCAGCUGAGCUGUCAACGCUGUAACGCGCUCUUUUCCAACCAAGAACAGUUGGCCACUCACCAACAGCUGUACUGUAUGUUCGGUACGCCCAUGAACAUGUUGCCGAUCAACCCGGCCUUGGCCUUCGCCAAUAACCUGGCCAGUGGUGCGCAAGGACCUAAAUCGCCGUCACAGUUGACGCUGACCGAAGAACAAUUGUUGAAAGUGCCGUUGGCGUUGCAAGGCAAAAAACAUUCGCACAUGUACAAACUUUUGGAGAGCUAUGGUUUCGACCUGGUGAUGCAGUUCAACGAGAACCAUCAGAAGCGCAAGGAGAACGAAAAACUUUUGCAAGAACUCACUGCCCAAAUGGAAAUUGAACAGGCCAACGCGGUCAAAGAGGAGAUGAACGAGGUGAACGAAGAGGAAACUGGCGAUUUACCGGAAGUAGCCAAAUCGACGUGCGUGCACUGCAAUAAGGAGUUCUCCAGUGUUUGGGUGUUGAAAGCUCACUGCGAAGAAGUGCACAAAGACUUGGUGCCGUUCGAUUUCUUAGAGAAAUACGCCAAGCAAAUCAAGUGCGAGAUCGAGAAGAAAGGUAACGAGCCCAACACGGUUGCGCCGACGACCACAUCGGUAUCCACGACGACCACUCCGGUGGCCAGAAUCAGUUCACCGUCGGACGACGUAUCCGUCAAAACCGAAUUAGACCAAGACUCCGAACAACAGACUGACGGUUCGGAGUUCAACGCGGCCUCUUCGUCCGCCGCUGGCGACUCGAACGUGAACAUUGCCGGUGUGCCGCCCAACAUACCGCUGUCGGUAGCUCAACAUCUCAACGAAAUGCAAGCCGCGUUCAACGCCAUGGCCGCGUCCCAGAUGUCUCAACAAUUGCAACAGUUCAACCCGAUGAUGUUGGCCAGCAUGGCCGGUCUGGGUAUGGGACUGCCGCUCGGCCUCAACAUGCAAGCGUUGGCCGCCAUGAACUUACAACCACCUUUAGUGCCCAUGAUGAUGCCGCCUCCUAAUUUCGAGUCCAUGAUGGGUCAGCAACAAAACCAGCUAUUCCAACAACAACCGGCUUCUAUGGAUCCUACUGGAAUACUAGCUAAACAACAGCAACUAUUGCAACAGCAACAACAACAAGUGCAGCAGAAUUCACAACAAAAGAGAGCAAGGACACGCAUCACCGAUGAUCAAUUGAAAAUUUUACGUGCCCACUUUGACAUAAACAAUUCACCGUCCGAAGAUCAGAUACAAGAAAUGGCCGGCCAAAGCGGUCUUCCUCCUAAAGUUAUUAAACAUUGGUUCAGAAAUACGCUAUUCAAGGAGAGACAAAGAAACAAAGAUUCGCCAUACAAUUUCAAUAACCCGCCUUCGACCACAUUAAACCUAGAAGAAUACGAAAAAACCGGCGAAGCCAAAGUAAUGCCUCUCGCUCUACCGGUCGUCGAAAUGGACGUCAAAGAACCGCCUAAAACACCAACAUUCGCCAAAAAGAAACCCAUGCAGACAAGCACUCCAAACAAUAACGCCGUCCGGGCUCAAAGCCAAACGCCCACUUUCCCGCAGACACAGUCUUUUACUCAAAACUUUUCUAGACCGUUCUCGUCGCAGCCUAUGGAGUCGCCAGUCAAAGUAGAACCACUGGUGAAGAUUGAGAUGAAGGACGUCGAAACCAGUCUACACGAAUCCAAAUUCCCGUGGGGCAAUCCGGAAUCUCCGUCCAAACGUCGCGACUCGAUGGAAGAAAAACAAAAUUUGUUUUUACACCACGACAGAGCGUCCCAGUUGGACAUGAACGCCGUCGAGAACCUUACUUUGUCGUCGAUACUCACGUCACAACAUCAGGACAUCAAUAACAUGGGCAAUUCUAUUUCGACCAGCAACAUGUUGCCGCCAAAAUUGGCCUCGUCCAGUUUCACUUCACCGCCACAGAUGACUUCCACCACUCAGUCGGGUCCCAGAAGCGUUAGUCCGGGUCGGUCGCCGAAUUCGUCCGACGGGUUUCCGCAUUCGAUCAUGAUGAACCAAAGCAGCAGCGGAUCCACCGGAUCGGCUUCCGGCAAACGUGCGAACCGCACUCGCUUCACAGAUUGUCAGAUCAAAGUGCUACAGGAGUUUUUCGAAAACAACGCAUACCCAAAAGACGACGACCUGGAAUACCUGUCCAAGUUGUUGAAUCUCAGUCCCCGAGUGAUCGUCGUAUGGUUCCAAAACGCGCGUCAAAAGGCUAGGAAAGUGUACGAAAAUCAACCGGCCGUCGAACCGGCUCCCGGUAUCGUCGAGGAAGGGUCAAACCGAUUUCAGAGAACGCCCGGCUUGAACUACCAGUGCAACAAGUGUCUGCUGGUGUUCCAGAGAUACUACGAGUUGAUUAGACACCAGAAGACACACUGUUUCAAAGAAGAAGACGCUAAAAGAUCCGCUCAGGCCCAGGCGGCGGCCGCUCACAUCGCGGCGGCGCUCAGCUCCGAGGACUCUAACUCGAGCACCGUGGAAAAUCACCAAGGCCAAUGCGCAAACUCCAACCCGAUGACUCCGACCCCGACGCCUUUGUCGUCCACGCCGACAUCGACUUAUCCGACUUCACCGAUGCAAACGUCCACGUCACACGAUAAAGAAAACGCGUACAGCUGCGACCACUGCAAUUCGGUGUUCAGCAAACUGGACCAAUGGAAAGAACACCAACAGGUACAUUUGAUGAACCCAAACUUGUUCCCGACUUAUCAUCCCGAAAGCGCUUUCGGAAUUUUACAACAACAAGCGCAACUCCAUCAACAGCAGCAACAACAACAACAGUUACAACAGCAACAACAACAACAACAGCAGCAGCAAUCGCAACAGAUGAGCGGUUCAUCGGAAAUCAACGCCAAUCCCACAUCGUUGAUAUUGUCCAUGAUGCAACAAAAUAACAAAAGGUCGUUUGACGAAUUCGACGACCAGAGUGACAAAGAGACCGAAUUCACUAAGGAUAAGCGUUUGAGGACGACUAUUUUACCGGAGCAGUUGGACUACUUGUACCAAAAAUAUCAGGUAGAAAGCAAUCCUUCGAGAAAAAUGUUGGAGAGCAUUGCCCAGGAAGUCGGUCUAAAAAAGCGAGUGGUCCAAGUUUGGUUCCAAAACACCAGGGCCAGGGAGAGAAAGGGCCAGUUCAGAGCGCAUUCGCAAGCUAUCAACAAGAGGUGUCCGUUCUGUUCGGCCAUUUUCAAAAUUAAAUCCGCGCUCGAGUCGCACUUGCAAACUAAACAUCCAGAACAGUGUUCACGCGGCUACAUAAACGUCGACAACAUUCCCGACGAAGACGUCAGCAUGGAUUCGUUCGCGUCGUCCCAGAUGAGCGAAAUCGGCCAAAAGAGCCAGACGUACGCGCCGAAUCCAUACUACCAGAAUGCGGAGGACGUGGAGAGCCUGGGAAAAAUGUACCAGGAGUCGUUGAAGAGAUACAUGGAGGAAAUGCAACAAUCGAGCAUGCAGAACGGCAUGGCGUCCGAGGGCGAGAAGACCAAGCCCGAAGGGGAAAUCCCUUUGGACUUGAGCAAACCGGUUGACCUAAGAAUGGAUCAGGACCAGGACGACGAUGAAGACAGCAUGUCGGAAUGUACGGACAUCAUGGAUGACGAGAGUCCGGCGUCGCCGGCGUCCAGCACCCAAAGCGGUCAGCAGAGGGCCAACGCUCCAGGCGGGAGCCACCAGAGUAAACGUUACAGGACCCAGAUGAGCAACGUGCAAGUGAAAGUCAUGAAAGCGUUGUUCGAGGACUACAAAACGCCAACGAUGGGCGAAUGCGAGAUGUUGGGCCGAGAAAUCGGUCUAGCGAAGCGCGUUGUACAAGUUUGGUUCCAAAACGCCAGGGCCAAGGAAAAGAAAUACAAACUGCAGACCAAACAGGACGCCGCCUCCGGUCCGCCCGAGGAGUGCAAAUACUGUCGGUUCAAGUACUCGCAUAAGUAUAGCGUGCAAGACCACAUAUUCACUAGCCGACACAUCGCACUGGUCAAACAACACGUGGAGAGCCGUAUGUCGGUGGCCGAUUUGUCGGGAAACUGUAGUGACAGCGACUUCCAAGUACCGUCCACUCCGGGCGACCCGCACAACAACAAUUUACCCAACCAACAAGUCAACCAACUGCAGAUGUUGCAGUUGGCCGGACUCAUCGGACAAUCACCCGUGGCCCAAGCCGUGGCCAUGGCCACCAUCGCAAAACUGGACGGCAAAGACCAAUCGCAGAUGACGGCCGAGGAGCUGGCGCUGUUACCUCACUUGUACAAUUUGGGUGUCAGCUUCCAACAGGGAUUCAUGCACCCGGGCACUGCUAUGAUGACGUCGCCAGGAUAGAAAUGAGUGAUAAAUGAGCUAUAAAAACGUAAAAAAAACUAUUUUGUACAACAAUCGUUGUAACGAGACAACGGACCACACAAAAAUGGACAUUUUCCAAUGGGCGAUCGACAAUUUUUACUAAAUUAUUAUGAAAAUACAUGUUUUUAAAAAAAAAAGUUUGUUGUCAAAAAUUGUUACAAACCGUAUACGCUUAGUUUCAUAAGUCCUACUAACCGUAUUGUUCGAGGUUAGUUGUAUAAGUAUAAUAAUAUAAUAUUUAUUAAAAAAAAAAAAACAUUUUUUGUUUGUUUUAUAUUAAUACAGAACAGUUCUGAGCUAUUGUCUAUUUUAAUUUAUUUUUUAAUUUAAUGUGAAUGCGAACGCCGCUGUUUAAUUUAUUAUUAAUAUUAUUAUUAUUAUUAUUAUCAUAAGAAACUUGAUAACCAUUCAAAUCGACAUAUUUUGAUUGACGAUUUCGGCUGUCGCUGAGCCAAGUGCAGUCCGUUUUUAUUUUAGUUAUUAUUUAUUACCUAGACAAUUGUGAUAUUUUAGGUUAUUUAUAAUUAUUAGCAUUUUGACUACGCUUGUUAUUUAUUAUAAUUUUUUUUUCCUUUUAUUCUUGUAUUAAAGUAAUUUAAAAGGCUUCGCCUGCAUUUGCAAUAAAAAAAAUGACUUGCAUAGGCCAUUACGCCACCCUCGGGUUUCCAAAGGCGACGCGGAGGGGCCACUAAGCCGCGAGUAAUACAAAAAAAAAAAGAUGGAAGCUAAAAAAGUAAUUUUCUCUUGUUAGUCAUACCGCUUUUGCUAGGUUAUAUUUUCUCUAUUAUUUUUUCUCAUUAAAUUUAAAUUUUUUAAUCGAAUCUCCCCUAAAAAAAAAGAAAAAUGGCGAAGCCCUAAAUAAUAAGACUGUUUAUAGUGGAUAACAAAAAGACAUUUUUCCCCUCUCGACAUUUUCUCUCUUAUCAGGUUAGUUUCCAUGACACUUAUUGUUUUUUUAUCCGAAUAGUAGGUGUUUUUUUAUAUUUAAAAAAAAUAUAUAAAUGUGCCUUUUUCUAAAGAAAAAAAAAUUAAUAAUACGAUUAUUGUAUAAGAAAAAUAUUGUUUUUCUUGUUGGUGUAUAUAAACAUGUUAAUUAUUAAUAUUUAAAAUAUAUAAAUAAAUAUAUAUAUAUUUAUAAAUAGAUAGAUA